AUGUCGCUACCAAGAAACAGAACCACAGUGGAUAGUCUUCCUCCGGAGACUUUACAUGAUAUCCUCAUGUACUUGAAGCACUGCAAGAAUGACCUUGCAAGCACAUGUCUCGUUUCGAAGAGAUUCCAUUCAACCUCUCUACCAAUUCUUUAUGAGACAGUCGUCUUGAUGUUCGGUUAUCAUGGCGAUUAUUUAGAAGAACAAUUCACCUCAAUUUUGACCCACGAACAUCAAGGCCUUCCAUUCAUCAAGAAUUUUGGGAUCCAGGGGUCUUUAGUUUACUUUCCCCUGUAUCCGAAAUAUCCGUUAGAGUCGCAAAUGGCUGCAGAAAUCACACAAACAACGACGAUGUUCAACUGUCUACUGUUGAGCGUCUUGCGCCGCUUCAAAAGCAACCAACUACGGAACUUCAUUUGGCUCACGGACAUGCAUCUUACACCUACCAUUGUCAACGAGCUCGAUGCCCGGCAAAAUAUGCUGCAAGGCGCCUGGGUCUUUGGCCCCGAUGAUUUAGAAAGCACUGGAAUAAUUGCGGACAGUCUCUUCAAAUUCCUGAAUACCAAGGUUCAACUUCGCGAUUUGCAUCUUGGGACGAUAUGGACACUGUGCUAA